UCCACGAGUAAGAAAGCCGCCACGAGACUCCUCUCUCUCUCUCUCUCUCUCUCUCUCUGGCUCCGUCUUAUCCGUCGGCGAGAGACAGUAGAUUCAUCGGCGGUAUCUAUCUGUUGAAACAUCCAGAUUUGGGCCGAGAGGGGAUACAUGGAGGAGGAGGCUGCUGGACUUCUUAAGGUGAUCAUCGUGCAAGGAAAGAAUCUGGCGAUUCGAGAUUUUACUAGCAGUGAUCCGUAUGUUGUGGUCAAAGUCGGAAAUCAGAGUGCCAAGACAAAGGUCAUCAAUAGCUGCCUUAAUCCGGUUUGGAAUGAAGAGCUGAUAUUUACUCUAAAAGAACCUCUUGGUAUCUUAAAUCUGGAGGUGUUUGAUCGAGACAGGUUCAAGUCAGAUGACAAGAUGGGUCAUGCCUUCCUCGACCUCCAGCCCCUUCUCUCAGCUUCGAAGCUCAAACGGGCUCUGCAGCUCACCUCAGGCGAGACCAAGCUGCGGAAAGUGGCUCCAGAUUGCGAUAAUUGCCUCCUGGCCAGUAGUUGUAUCACGUACGUCAAUGGCGAGAUCGUGAUGGACGCAUGUCUGAGGCUUUGCGAUGUCGAGUCUGGUGAGUUGUAUGUGACAAUCAAGUGGAUCGAUCAUCCCUCCUCUGCAGUAGCUCCUGUUAAGAAGGCUUAGGUUGAUGUAAGAUGUUUGAUGUAUCUUAUUCUCUGGUUUGGCAGAGUAGAAGGAAUCAUCUGUACAUACAUGUUGUAAUUGUUGGUCAAUCUAAUGAUGAAAGCUUUGUGUUGCUGUUUCCAUGCA